AUGGCUAGAGCAAGGAAGGGCGCGCUGAUCCAGUGUGAUCCAUCUAUUAAGGCACUUAUACUACAAAUCGACGCAAAGAUGAGCGAUAUAGUAUUGGAGGAGUUAGAUGACACCCACCUCCUGGUAGAUCCAACGAAAGUGGAAUUUGUUAAGCAUGAGUUAAACAGACUUUUAUCUAAGAAUAUAUACAAUCCCAUGGAUGAAGAAGAAAAUCAAUGA